AUGGAUUAUUAAACUAAAUUAAGGGUCUCAAUCGACAUUUUAAGCUGUAUCAAUUAAGAGAAAUAAUAAAAGUACUCAAUUUCUAAUUUUUAGAGUGGUUAUAGCUAAUAUAAUAAAUAAAUGUCGCUUAGUAUUUGAUAUUGAUAGUGGUCUUGUGUUAAAAUAAUCCACCAUUACUAAUUUAAACAAGGAUAUACUUUAAGAAAUUAAUUAUACUUUUUAAUAAGAUGAAAUAUUGAGUUUAAUCUACCCUUUGUAUUAUUAUUAGAUCUAAUUAUAGGAUAAUUAAUAAUCAUCCAAUAUAAAUGGUCGUAAAUUUGUAAAAUGAUGGAAUCUAUGAAAGAGUAAAAUAAUAAAAAGAGUUAUUAAGAGGAGAAGAAUAUUAUGUUGGGUUACCUUCAGGAUAAAACCAACAAUUUAUUCAAAUUUAGUAAGGAGAAAUUAUAAUCAAUAAUCAGUCUUUUAUGAUAAAAGAGAACAUGAACAUUGUCUUUGUUAAAAAGAAAUCAAAAUAAGAUUCUAUAUUUGAAUAAAUAUAAAUGAUUAAUCCAACAAUGUGUUCAUCACAUUAACAUGCUCAUAUUAAAGUCUAGAAUGGAAGGAUAUUCUUGGUUGAUGGAUUUUAGGAAAAUACAUCAAAAAAUGGAGUAUGGAUUUUAGUUAAACAUCAGAUGUUCUCUAAUCAUAAUCAAUAUUGUUAUAAAGAUUUUAGAUUGGCCAUUUAUUUGAAUUGA